CAUCGUAGAUUUCCCACCUCUAAAUUAAGUGCUCAAUGAAUUGCCUCUGCUCCGUUGUGCGGAUAAUUAUCGGGUGCUGUUUAAGCUGCAAGUUUCCGUUACUCAGAGCCGCGUAUGCUAAACCUCGACCGCGCCCACGCGCUGCCUAAAAGUCCAAUACAUUUAAUCCGCAAACGUGACGCAAGUGAAUUUUGGAUGGCCAAUGCCACUGCAAGCGUGGUGCGCGAGGAAAUGACUACCAUAAAGUUAAGCACAAACGGCGGAUGCUUGGAUUCCCCCGCAGAAGAGACGUCGCUGAUUACGAGCAACAGUUUUUGCUUAACGCCAGGAAACAGAGACGGGAUUGGUGUCCAGAAGAAAGCAACUACUGGAGCGGAUCUGAACAGUACACACAAAGCCAUGGAUGCCUCCAAGCGCAAGAAACUAAGGUCGCGUAACGUACCACCUUCUCCGUUAGCCCAAAAAACGGAUGUCAUGUCGGCUUCUCUUAAUCAGCCGAACUUCGGUGAGGUCAAUAGAACCGAUCUCAAUUAUUCCAAGGAUCACCUUGAUGCCUGGUUGGAGAAUUGUUUACGCGAUGCUACCAACGCUCAACUGUCUUCUUCAUCUGAAUUUUUAGACUUCAUACCGCCCACAGCACCAGGUCACAAGCAAAUGAUUUUGACUCAACAGCAGCAGCUUAAACAGCAACUACAGCAGCAGAGGCAACAAGAAUUGUCGAGGCCUACUCAACCGUAUAGAGUGGGUCCAGGCACGCCCUUUAGCAUGGGGAUACAGCGCAAUUCGAACUCUCUUAGUCAUCGAUAUCCAAUGCUGUUUCCACCUCAGAGCCUUAACAGCUAUGGAAUGUCCUUCGGUGGCGAUGGUGGGCAGGAGUUUGCAAGCUUACCUCCCCUAAACGACAUCAUGGGAGGGCCGGAAGGGCUUGGGUCCGAGCACGAACCGAAUUCCACGGAUGUGCUUAAUGGCAGCGGAAGCCAUCCCAACAUUAGCAAAGGAUUUCGGUUCAGCGAUCCGUGCCUACUGAACCCCUCCGAUACCGACUUUAAGCUAAGUGCCCAGAAUACACCAGAUUGUCGAAAUGAUAACAACAAUGGCAGUAGCUGUGAUCAGGCACAUCAAAACAAGUUUUUCGCGGCACUAAUGGAGCAAAUAAACAUAUUGCACGACACCAACUCCAAGAUCUGCCGGAAUUUGCAUGAUACAAAAGUUGAUAUCGAAGCUUUAAAGCACGCCCCUAAUAGCCAGCCCUGGGCAGGUGCCGGUAUUGGGGGCAUGCGGCACCGUAGAGAUAGCUUAAGCGGACUUAGCACACAAAGUCAACCUAUUAUUCUAGGCAGUGGAUUGGGGGGGACACGGAGCCCAGCGUUAACAGUUCAUUCAGGCGCUUACACUCCAGGAGGGAUGACUGAUGUCGUGCGGGAAGUUAGGGAGGCAGCGCGCGUACGAGAAGAUGCACUGUUAAGUCGAGUCAAAUUAAUGGUUGAAGAAUGUCAGUGUUCCUUAAACGAGGGAAAUAUCCGAAUUAUGAGAGAUAUUGAUAAUCUAAGGUCGCAAGUAAUGCAGUUACAACUAGAGAAAAAGGAAACUAACAAACGCCUGUCACACCUGGAAUUUGAAAACAAGUGCAUGCGACAAGCUCUGGCCAAUUGCUAUAACCAGCGGCAAAUCUAUAACGACAUUAUUUACGAAAAUGACCGUCCCCACGGAUACCAAAAGCCAUUUCCGAAUGUAAGUAGCGGUGGAGAUGUGGGUUCCGGAGCGCUCGGUAUUCGAAGGGCGCAGUCCUUGAACCUGCACUAUGGCACGAUGCAUCAAACGCCUUUUCAAGCGACACACUCUUUGGAAGAAGACGACGAAAUAGAAAAGGAGCUGUUGGUAGAGCAAGCAAAACUGGACGCGGAAGAAUCAUCCCUGACUGACAACAAGUUACCGUGUUUGAACAUCGGGCUUCAGACUCCCUCAACCUUAACUCUACACUCGCAGAUACCUAAAUCAGAACAUCAAACAGUUAGAAGCCCUCCCAUUUCUGACCAGAUCAAUCCGGGAAUUCCACCGCUGCAGCUGCAGCGAAAGAAAAGGCGGGAGCUCAGCGAAGCGGCCUUCGUACCUAAGGAGACAAAUCAACGUAUUAUUGCCCUGGAGAAAAUUAUUGAACACCUAAGUGCCCAGGUGACCGGUAAGUUGAAUUGGAAUCCGAACGUAUCUGGCACAGCAUCUAACCUAGCACUAGCAUCGAAACUCAGCGUGGCGAACGGUCCGACAACGGACUUAUAGUUUAAGCUACCAGCCGUUUCAAAAGCAAAAGAGUUGCGGCAACAUAAAAUAUGUGUUACUCACUUAUAGCAUUUGGAUGGAUAAAAAGUUUUAAAAUUAUAUAAUUCAAUAACAUGUGAUAAGCCCUAACUUAUUAUCAACUGUAAUUUAAAUAAGUUAAAAUUCAUUGCUUUCUGGCAUCGAUAAAACAUAUUUGGAUACUAAAAACAAGAUGUCACUAAAUUUUUUAAUGAAUAUGGUUUAUUAUUCUUAUUAUUAUUAUUUAUUAAUUCUUUUUUAUUUAAUUGAGGUACGUUGCACAACUUAGGAAUGAUUAACUAAAAAAACUUGUACCUAUAGAAAUGAACAAAAAUUACUAUAAAGAAACAAAUACUUAUAAAUCGUUAGAAUUUAGAUAAAUGGAAAAGUUAUCUAUUGAUGUAAAUUGCUAACCAUAUUUGUUAAGUGCCAUUUAAUUAAUCACAAAAUGUAAUGUAUUUAUGUCAAUAGACAUACAAAUAUACUUUAAUAUGAAGGGAAUUCGUUGAUAGUCAUUUUAAAUUAAAAGUGUUUUAGGGUUUCUUACAUAUAUAACGUACAUAUAUGCGCAUUUAUUUAAAACAUUCCAUUAAAAAACACUCAUACACAUGUGCCAAAUUAAAUUGUAAACUGUUCCUUUUCUAUAGGGCUCCUUGUUAUUCGAUUCGUCCAUCCGCCAAAAAGUCCAUCAAACCAUAUCUUACAACGCAUCUAUGUACAUAUAUAAAAAACAAAUAAUUUAUAACACAAA